GGAAAUGCAACGAGCGAUAUCUCGGCUGACCAGCCUUCGGGGCCAGUUGACCACACCCGUGGCCGUUAGUUACUCAUCCUGCCGGACCUUCUCCGGGAUUCCGAAAUCGGAGACCAACUCCCAAAGCGUGGCAUGUCUUAUUAUUGGAGAUGAAAUCCUCAACGGGAAAACCCACGAUACCAACUCAAACUAUCUGGCAAAGAAAUGCUUUGACUUUGGACUUGACCUCCGACGCAUCCAAGUGGUGCCCGAUGUGGAGCAAGAUAUUAUAGAGUCGGUGAGAGAGCUAUCUCGGCAAUACCACUGGGUUUUUACAAGCGGCGGGAUAGGGCCAACUCACGAUGAUAUCACGUAUCAAUCGAUCGCAAAGGCAUUCGAUUUACCACUCGCUUAUCACGAGCCAACUCUCGAAAAGAUGAGAAUGAUAAUGCCGCUUACCUUGGUAGAUGGUAAGAGUCGAACAAAUCCGGCCCCCUUGGUGAUGACCGAAGCCAGGAAGCGCAUGGCGCUACUCCCAGUAGACCCUAAUGGCGAGGAAAGGACAAGAGUAGUGUUUCCGUCAACGCAGUUGUGGGUUCCUCUGGUGAUUGUAAAUCAAAACGUUCAUAUUCUCCCUGGCGUUCCAAAGCUAUUCCGCGUCCUGAUUGAUCGGUAUUUUGAAACACACGUACGGCCAACAUUGUCCUUGCCAAGCUACUCUCGUGUGCUCAUCGGAACAAGCCUAUUUGAGGGCGACAUCGCCCCUAUUCUAACUGAUAUCCAGGAAAAAGUGCAGUUGGAAGGAAUUAAGAUAGGCUCAUAUCCGCGGUGGAGACCAGGCGGUGUUCGCGUCGAUGAGGGGAAUGUCAGAGUGGUAGUCUCGCUGCUGGGUCGUGACAAGGAGGCCUUGGAUAAGUGGGGAAAAGUCGUUGCUCAAAAGAUUCAAGGAGUUUACGUAGAAAAUAUAGAUACUGAAUAGUAUGGAUACGUCUUUUGUAUUGCCGCAAAAUUGGUUCUUUCAACGCAUUCUUUGAUAUUGCUU